AUGGCAGGACCCAGGCCUGUUGUGCUGAGCGGACCCUCCGGAGCGGGGAAGAGCACUCUGAUGAAGAGGCUACUGAAGGACUACGAGGGGGUCUUUGGCUUCAGCGUGUCACACACAACCAGGAAACCUCGACCAGGAGAAGAAGAAGGAAAAGGCUUGAACAUGCUCCCUAUGCUUCUGGGGGCUACAUUACUGCCCGUAGCAGACGUCUUCUCCUCUAAGGACGUAGUUAUGUCCACCGCAAUUUCGGAGGGGAGAAAGGUGACCUGCCCGCCCGACUACCACUACACAACCAGGGAAGCAAUGCAGGAGGGGAUUGACAACGGAGAUUUCAUUGAGAAUGCAGAAUUCUCCGGAAACUUGUAUGGAACAAGUAAGUCUGCGAUUGAGGAUGUGCGGGCUCAGAACCUCAUCUGUAUCCUGGACGUGGACAUCCAGGGGGUGCGAAACAUAAAGAAGACCGACCUCGACCCCAUUUACAUCUCCAUCCAGCCCCCCUCCAUGGAAAUCCUGGAAACACGUUUGCGAGACCGGCAGACGGAGACAGAGGAGAGCCUACAGAAGCGUCUAGAGGCAGCGCGGCAGGACAUGGAGCUCAGUAAGGAGCCAGGUGUGUUUGAUGUGGUUAUCAUCAAUGAUGACUUAGACAAGGCCUACGAGGAGUUGACAGCCAUCCUCAUUGAUGAAAUCAAAAAAGUGCAGGAAGUAAAGUCCUAA